CUGUAAUCUUUGGUCAAAAAGUAGACAUACGUCAAUAAACUAAAGUAAUAAACGUCAUAGCAAGUACAUAAAUAAUUAAAUAAUAAUUUGAAGAAUAAAACAUAAAUCUAAAUUAAUUACAAUGAUGUGUUUAGUACUAUCUUGUUUAUUUUAAAACUGCCUACAUUAUUUUGUGUGGCAUUCUGUUAUUCCUAAUACUGUGUGAAGUAACUAAACAAACCACAAACCACAAACAGUGAUGUCAGAAAACUUUUUGCCUUUAAUAUUGGUCAGUGCAGCAGAUUUAGCUAGUGCUUCGAAAUUGAUAUCAGAAAUAAUUGACAAUGAAGUGACGGACACCGACAGAGCGCUGCGCGGCGGGCGCGUGUGGCGCCUCGUCAACAAGUACUACCGCGCGGACGUGGAGCUGUGCGCCGCGGCCCCCGGCGCGCCGCCGCCGCCCGGCCUGCAGCUGCUCGAGGCGCACGUGGCGCACGUGGCGCCCGGCGCCGCGCCGGCGGACGACGCGCGCGCCGGCGCGGCGGCCGUGCGCCUGCUGGCCGUGGACGGCGCGCGCGCCCCGGACGCGCUGGUGCGCUGGGCGCGGCGCCGCGGCUACGAGCCCGUGCCGCUGGCGGAGCGCGCGGACGACGCGCACGACGCGGUGGGCGUGCGGCGCCUGCGCGACGCGCUGCACGCGCACCGCUGGCGCGGCCUGCUGCGGCUGGACGGCUGCGCGCCCGCAGGAGUGGUCGAUGCCGACGAGCUGGACGAAGACGAGGAGGAGGAGGAGGAGGAGGCAGCGGUAGAGCGCGCCGAACAGUUCGCGGAGGCGCUGGGCGCACUGGCGGAGGCGGGCGCGGGCGCGUGCGCCGCCGACGACGACGACGAGCGGCGGCGGCGCGCCGAGCGGCUCGUGGCCGCCUUCUGCCGCGCGCUGGGCGCCGACCUGCCGCGGCUGUGAGCGGCUCGUGGCUUCGGCCGUGUCUGGGUGGGUGGGGAAUAGUAAAACUACAAGACUUGAUGCGUACGAUUUUAUUAAAACGAUCAAAACGGAUAUGUGCGGCCGCGCCGCGUGUAAAUAUACUGCACUCCACAUCA